UAACAAUAUGCGCUAGUCCCCUAGCUGUCGCUAUGUGGAUUACAAAGAUGCUUUUCACUCCUUUUAAAAUGUGUAGAACCCGCAGUUUUGGCAAAAAGCUAAAUGAGGUAGGGCGAUUAGUAUCUGUGUAAUUUUCAGUCAUAUGUGUUUCUGUCAGGAACCUGACUUCACAGAAACAUCUGAACAAGAAAGACUACAAAUGCAGACUACAAACCAGGCUCAGAGUGGGUCAAACCCUGUGACCACAGCGACCGCAAAGCCACCACUGGACACUGAGGCUCAGCCAGCACAAAAUGAGCUAGAUGCACAAAAAAAAGACAGCAAGGGGACUGCUGCUGAGACUGAGGAGGUAAUUGCACCGGAGGGAAGUGCAGCAAGGCUAAAAUCAGCAGAAACACCUGCAAAGGUAGGGAUGGACGUGGACACAGCUGCAAAACCAGCGGGACCUGAAACUAACACGAAUGCUGGAUGUGAUGGGCAAAAGGGUAAAAAGCAGGAGAAAGCUGUAAGUGACGGCAGGAAAUAUGUUCCUUCCAAGAAGGCCAUGGUAGAUCCUCUGAAGAUGGAUAUGUCCAAACCGCUGGUCAUGCCUCUCACAUCAUCUCAGCUUUCCCUCCAGUGCAUGGAUUGCCAUAUAAUCUUCAGCGAUCACAAGAGUAAAGAACGUCAUCUCAAGCUGAGCCACCCAGCAGAAUAUGAACAGUGCAUACUGAGGAACGCCCUGUUUGCCUGUUACGUUUGUGAUCGACAUUUCACAAACUCCACAGAGCUCAUGGUCCACCAGAAAGCCCACACAGAGAAGAAACCUUUCAAGUGUCCAAUCUGCAGUCAGGCCUUCAACAAGUCAUCAGAGCUGACCGUUCAUAAAAAAAUUCAUUUUGGCCAAGAUGGUUAUGCCUGCACUGACUGUGGCAAACCUUGCAAAACGCUGACAUUGCUGAAGUAUCACCGGCGCACACACACUGGAGAGAGGCCUUAUGUUUGCAAGGAAUGUGGAAAGAGGUUCACCAUGUCCAAGGCUCUGCAGAAACAUUUGGUGUUACACUCGCCAGAAGGAGCUGAAGGAGAGGGGGGAGAAACCACAGCUAAAGCACAACCGAGAAAAAAUGAUGGUGCUUCAGCAACAAAGUAUCCCUGUUCUAUGUGCAAGGCCACUUUCAAGAGUUCCAGGACACGUUUGCACCACAUGAAAACUAAACACAAUUCCUUGCCUGCUACUGCCAGUAAUGCUCUCCCAGAAGGACAGCAAGUGAAACAGACUACACCCAUUAUAACUCCGAUAUCCAUCUGCCAACCAGCACUACUACAGGUGGAGCCGAACGGACCCCUGCAAAAAGUUGAUGCCAAUAUUGACACAGAGCAGAUUCGCAAACUUAUUGAGUCUUUGGGAAAUGUACAGAAAGUGAACCAAGUUGUCAUACUGGGGCAGGUGCCACCUCAUGCCCCACCACUGGAGGUGCAGCAAGUAUCACAAGGGUUAGAGCCGGUGAAUGUGAAUCUCAGUCCACCGCAGAUAGAUUUUAUAGGACUGAAACAAACAGACUCUAAGACUUAUGAAGGUGACCCUUCAAACAAUCCAUAUGAUCCAAUGGAGCAAACAAUUAUACUGGAACCUAUUACUCCAGAUGGACAGCUAGAAAAUCCCUCUUUCUCAGUAUUAGGUCCUCACAUAGCAGCAGGUGAAAAUGCAGAGCUUACACUUGUUCCAACUGAACAAACAGAGAGACCCGAGGGAGAGGGGAUCCUUCAGCAACAGGAUAUUGAUGUGCUUCAUUCUAAUCCUGUGGAGCAAAUGGUUAGUCAGAAUGAGGUAGAUGAUCCUAAACAAAAUCUGGAGCAGACGGUCAUAUUAGAACUUACCCCUGCUUUGAUACCAACUGAGGUGCUAGAGCAAUCCCAAGCUAUCCAACAAAAUGAAAUCCCUUCCUCCUCUCUGGUACCAACUACAGAACUAGAGACUCUCGAUAAGACUGCAGAGCAUACCGUCCUAGAUGAGCAAGAGACCAGCCUGUCAGUUCCACCUCUUAUGCCUACCGUUGAGUUGGAGCGAACAUAUUUACAACCAGAGGAACAGGACAUUUCUUCUUGCACAGUUGUUCAACCAAACACACUCACCCAAGCUUCAAGUGAAUUGAAAACUGAUUCCACAAAAGUGUUUGAUUCACAUAUGGAAACAGUAGAUCUAAAUCAGGUGCACCCUGUGAUAGAUCCAGACACACAAGAAGAGGCACAAAAGAAGCCUGAAGUAGAACCACCUGACAAACUGCUGGAAGAUUCCAAGAAUAACCUGUCUGAAUCAGAGAACCCGCCUGCUGAAGAAAAGGUUCUGUCGCAAUUACAGUCUAAGAAGGUGGCAAAGAUCUCAGAAUUACCCAUUAAUGUGAUGUCAGCCCAAGAGCUGGUGAAAGUCCGGAAAAGAAAGCCAGCCAGAGCUUUUUUCUUUCAAGGAUAUAUGCAAGAUUUUGUGGGAAGCAUCUACCAAGAUGACUUACAAAUUGAUGCCAAACCUGCCAAGCGCCAAAGGUCAAAAAAACCCCACCUUGUUGUUAAAUUUGGCCCACAAAGCAAAGAAAAGAAAAACAAGAAACAGAGGAAGCCUUCGCAGCAGCGUCAGCCAAUGCAAGAAGAGGCGACAAGAAGCAAGACACCACCCAAAAAACUCACAGAGAAAAAAGUACCGUCACAGAAGAAGGGAAGGAAAGGAAAAAAGGAUAAAAAAGUAGAAAGAGUAUUAUCUACUUCAGAAACAAACUCACCCUUAUUGCCCCAAGCCCCACAAGUAGAACAGCUCAAAGAGGAUACAAGAAAAAAUAAGAUGAAAAAGCAAACGGAAGUGGCCAGUGUGGGUGUUGUGCAAAUAAGUACGCACAAAACUGUAGCAUCGCCUAUACUUACAAAGAAAAAACAGACAAAAAUAAUACAAAAGAAGCAAAAACGCAACAAUGCAAAGGAUGGGAAGCCAAAGACAGACAUGGAAAAAGGGGGAAAAGUCAAAAAGGCAGACACACCUUCCUCAAAUAUAAAGCAAGACUCUCUGCUUCUACUAAAAGGUCAUAAACAGCCUCAGCUGAAAGUUUACAAGUUGGACCCUUCCAAGGCAUCAACCCAAGCCUCAGAGGCUUCACCUCAUGAGUCCCAGACAAUGUCUCAACAGACUAACAACAACAAUCUCAAGCAUCCAGCAAGUGAGUGCACAGAUAAUCUCACAGCAGAAGGUAAGAAAAAAGGAGGAAGACCCAAGAAGAACCAGAAAGCACUUUCAUUGAUGUCCUCGCUCCAGCUUUCCCAUCAACCACCUGAGCCAACGCCCGCCAAGCCAAAGAACACCAGGAAACGUAAAGCUUCCUCAAAAAUAGAGACUGAAGGAGUGAUAACAUCUCAUUCCAAGCGUGCCUUAGAGUGUAAGGACUGUGGAGAGCGAUUUGGUGAAGUCUCAUCUCUUCAGAAGCACAAGGCAACUGUGCAUAUUGUAGAAAGUCCCAGUCUCACUUACACCAAUGGGAACAUCUUUGAAGGCGUCUCAACCUUGGAUCUUUACCAGCUUCCCAAAGGAAGUGAAAAGCUUGUUGGGGUGAAGAAUCCUGCUACAGACUGGGACACUGAGACAGAGAUGGGAGAGAAUGCAUUAGAAGAAAGGGAACAAAGUCUCUCCUUUCCAGCUUUGAUCCCCUCCCCAUCUUUACCCAUACCUCCUCCAGAUGCUGAAGUGAAGACCUAUGAAGAUAAGAAUGGAAGCAGAACAGAAGAUGGUAAUCCAUCUCAUAUAUCGCCAAUCCUUUACUCAUCAUCCGAACAGGUGAAACAUUAUGGGAUUCUUCCAAAUUUCACAUCCGAAACCCCUUUAAGUAGCUCUACUCAGACAAAGACUCGUGAGACAGAAAAACCUUCGGCAUCAGAUGAUAAGAAGCUAGAACAAGGUACCCCAAGGAAUUCCAGCUCUGAUUGUGAAGUCCAGGGUACUGCAGAGGAAGAUAUUAAGGAAGAUUUACUUCUAGAGGUAGAUUUAGUCACUGUUGGGGAACAGAAUGAGAGAGACGAUCCAACUUCUCAACGUGACACUGUUCCUCAAAAUGAAUCAAUUGCAAGCUGCAGUUCUGAAAGUGGAAAUAAUGAUAAAGGACCUAUCCUAGUCAGUACUGAUACAACUGAAAAUGGUCUGACUUCACAGACUGUUUCAUGUUCCACUUAUCAAGUGGAGAUCAAAGAAGAAGAAGAAGAAAUUUUAAUUCAGAGGCAAAAAGCAGAAGGAAAGGGAGCCGUUAUGAAUUCUGCGAGAGGUAGGAGUAGAGGAACAGGGCGUCUGAAAAGGGAUUUACCGUCAAAGAGGGUUUCAGCUGGAGAUGCUCCCAAAGACUCAGAGAAACAGCAGGAUUAUUGUCAGGUAGUUUAUGAAAAACAUCCCAUAACCUCAGAUUCAGAAAUGAUUGACUGUGAGAUCUGCACAAAGACCGCACAGCCGGAGACAAGUUCCAAAUUAAAUAUCAACAAAGCAGAUGUUCCCGGUGCUUUGCUGCCUUCCAUUCCCUCUGCGUUAGAGGGAUCUCCCGAAGACCAAGUCGUCUUUGAGCUGGAGUCAAUUACCACGAGUGUUGAAGAAGUAAUGAAGGAAAGAGGGCUCCAUGGAGGAACGGAACAAGAUAAGGUGAUGGACCAGUCUCCAGGCCUCAUACUGGAGAAGUUCCUUACUUCUAGACAGAGAGCGACUGCUGAAAAGGAGCAGUGCCUGAUGAUGGCCAGCGACAAUCAAGCACAGGGUUUGGGCUACAUCACUGAAAAUGAGGUACAAGUUCUUGGAAGUGAUGAGAUCAAGGUUGAAGAGAACAGUUCAAAUCAACCACUGACUGCAUCCACUAGUCAAAAUAGACAGACUGCAAGCGUGCAGCCGCUACAUCAUCGCGAUAUAAGGACUGUUCUGGUGAAAGAGGAAAGCAGCCUCAUACUGAAUGAUGUUCCAGCCACAAGUAGCAGCAGACACAUCCGCUGGAAUGUAGAGGCACUUAGUGAAAAUACAGUCAUCCCAACAGUAGAGGUCGGGGAGAGGACAACGGACUGUUGUAUCUUACCAGAGUUCAACACCAGCCAGUGUAUUUUCUAUCCAGUAAAGGAGGAGGAGAGAGAGGUCCUAGUAGAAUCUGCUGGGACCAGCAGAAACCCAGAGGGAUCCCACGAUGCAAAUCAGACAGAAAGUCAAACAGCAGAUUGUGAUAUACGUGAAUCGAUCCAUUCUGUACCAGACUAUCAGGAAACAACAGUCAAAGGUCUUUUCUCAGAUCCUGAGGUCAUCGAUCAACAAGCUGUGUCAGACUCUGAGUGGCAGCACCUACCAGAUCUUCGUGAGUUUCUCCUCCAAAGUCCCGAUGAAGAGGAUAUGGGUGGUUUUGAAUUGUCAGAUCCUCAGCUUGAUUCAGAAGCAGAAGUAAUGGCCUGUUUCUCCAAGAACUCUACCAUCAGCGCACAACAGUCGGAUCACACAUCGCAAAGUUUGCCAACAUCCGUGAUCCCGUCUAAUGCACCAAGAGAUGGCAACAGAACCAGAGAGCCCAUUGAUUACUUCUCUAAGUACUUUGGUUGGGAUACCUGGGUAGAAAUUGCCAACUGUACAAAUAAACUGUCCAACAUGCCUGACGCUGUCACGGCCAGGGAAGUUGCACGCUUUGUUGGGAUCCACAUCGCAAUGGGAACUUUGAAGUUUCCCAGUGCAAAGCUCUACUGGGAAGACUUGACUAAGGUGCCGUUGAUUGCUGAAGCCAUGCCGUUGUCCCGUUUCCUCGAGCUGUCUCGCACGUUGAAGCUGACGUCUUCAAAGUAUCCAGCCAACGCUAAUCCCCACAAAGGAACUUGUGAUAGUGAUCAAUGUGGUGACAAGGCAAAUGGCUCAGAUGGUUCAAAACAGGCUGAUCCCCUGUGGAAAGUUCAGCCAUUAUUGUGUCGUUUCAAAGCAGGGUGCCAGUCAUUAAGACGAGAGGGCGAUUAUGCAGUUGACCAAUAUCCACUUCCUCUCACUGGGAAGGUGCACAACAACAAACUGUCUCUCUACAGCACUGCGUUAAUUGGAUUUGAUGGCUUACUCUUACAUGUCGAUCUUAAGGUGGAUCUCUCAGACAAAGAAGGUGCUGUAGAAAAAAUGGUCCCCAAAGGUAGUAUGGUGUUCCUUUGCAAACAAGAACUCUCCACCCCUGUGAUGCUCGAACGCCUUUUAGCUGCUGGGGUUCAUGGAGCAGGCAGGGUGGGAGGGGCUCGAGGACAGAUCGGGGAUGAGUUUGUGAGCUCAGAUGGGAAGUUGAUGCUGCGCAGAUCCCAUUGUGGCUUCAUACUUUCUACUGCGGGAAAUGGCCAAAGGAGCGCAGCCUCUCUCAUUGAAAACUUUGAGAAAGCCCAGAUGUCGGCCCGUCUCCACAGAGAACUGAAAAAUCUUUAUGCAAUUCCCCUCACUGCCUCUGCACCAAGCUGCUGGCCCCAAGCAGUGCUCUGGUACCUCACUGACCUGGCUUUGGUAAACUCCUGGCUCCUGUAUCGACAGGAUUUCAGAGCAUCCGUGCCACCUUUGACUCUCAUGGCUUUCAGAUUGGAAGUGUCCAAGGCUUUGAUCUUCUCUAGUAGCUCGGAUACCCAAGACUCAGUUCCUCCCCAGCCGCCGGCAGCAGAGGUUCACACAACAAAUGAAACCCGCAGUCCCAUCCUGGUGGAGGAGAGUCCUCUGCCAGACGCAGCCACACGAUAUGACGGUUCAGGUCACUGGCCGGAGCAGCUUGGAGAGGGAGAGGGGGGCAGGUGCCGUUUUGGGGACUGUCAGAGGACAUCACGAGUGUUAUGCCUCAAGUGCUGUGUCUUUCUUUGUAUCUCACGUAACCACAACUGCUUUUUGAAUUUCCAUAAUCAGGGAAGUUUGGGAAAAGAGUAGUAUCUGCUACAGAAUUUACCAAUCUCUGAUUGUAACUGUGUUUUUGGUGUAGGGAAACUCACUGCCUUUCACUGUCAUUCUUUUUUAGGGCUGUUGUGAUGCAUUUUUAAAAAAAUCUUAAUAUGUCAUUUAGGAGUUAUAAAAAAAGAAUUUGCCUUCAGAAAGAAAAAAAAGACUCAGAGCCACACACUGUGCUGGAAAAGAAGUGUAAAAAGAUGUUUUUUUUCACUGUGGCCAUCAUGAUACUUUUGCCCUCAACUAUUUAUUUUCACCUGAUCUAGUUUACAUUCUACAGUGAGCUUAUUUUUUGGCUCUAUGAAUUGUAGUAUUAAAGAAAGUAUCAUUUAUUUGAGUUUUAGAAAACAAUAAAGGACAA